CUAUAAAACUGCCAUGUUGGUCUACAUGGUGUUUAUGUUUUUCUGGCUCAUGAACUUCAUCAUUGCCCUGGAGGAGAUGACCUUGGCUGGUGCCUUUGCCUCUUAUUACUGGGCCUGGGACAAGAGUAAAGACAUCCCGGCCUUUCCUUUGGCUUCAUCAUUUUACAGAUGUAUCAGGUACCACACAGGCUCUCUGGCAUUCGGCUCUCUCAUCAUAGCAUUAGUUCAGAUGGUCCGUGCCUUCCUAGAGUAUGUCAACCGGAAACUCAAGGGCACCGAAAACAAUGUCGCCAAGUUUAUCCUCAAGUGUCUUCGAUGCUGUUUCUGGUGUUUGGAGAAAUUUCUGAGAUAUGUCAACAAGAACGCAUACAUUUUGAUUGCCGUGCAUGGACGCAACUUUUGUACAGCAGCUAAAGAUGGGUUCUUCUUAAUCAUGAGAAAUGUUUUAAGGGCUUUUGUUCUUGACAAAGUGUGUGAUUUUCUCAUGUUUAUAUCAAAACUCAUGGUCACUGGAGCAAUAUCUGUUCUGGCUUUCUUCUGGUUCCAAGGGAAGAUUCCUUUCUUUGAGAAAGUGGUUCCAGACCUGAAUUAUUUCCUCUCAGCCGUCAUUCUAACUGCAAUUGGAGCCUACUUGAUAGCUGAUUGUUUCUUUGAUGUGUACAGUAUGGCUGUGGAUACCAUCUUCAUAUGUUUCUUGGAAGAUUUGGAAAGAAACGAUGGCAGUAAAGAAAGACCUUAUUUCAUGAGCAAAACGAAAAAUCUUCAAAGGAUUAUGAAGUCCAGAAAAUAG